GCGAGAAGGCGGCCUGUCGCAUGACCUUCCCCAGUCCUUGCGCAGAAGACAGUUUCUCCUAUAGAUCAAUCUCAUCUCCCCCUCUACUCCCUACCGUGUACCGUCCAACUUGCCCAGCGCGCCCUCGAUGCACGUCACAAUGUCCGAGAAGAAACAGCAGGAGCGAAUAGCUGCACUUCAAGAGGAGGUACACGAGCUCCAGCGCAAACUAGGAGAGAACGAAGAUGCGGCAAAAAUCGUCUCGCGGCACAUCAAACUCUUGCACCGGUAUAAUGAGGCGAAGGACGCGGCCCAGAUACUGAUCGGUAGAUUGGCUGCCCAUAGGCAGACUACGAUUAGCCAGAUUCACAAGGACUACGGACUUACCAAAGACGAUUAGCAUACCUCACGUAUCAGUAGUAUCACAACGAUGUUUC